AGGCGCGCACACACGCGCGCACCCCGGCGGAGCAUGACCGGACGCGCGUGGACGCUUCCCGCGGACGAAGAACGGCGCUCGCCGGGAAGGAGACGGCAACGUGCGGCAACAUGACCGCGCGCGCCCCCACAAAAAGUGUCCGCUGAGGCGGCCAGUGUGCUUCUCUGCUCCCGGCGCGGCAACAUGGUCCGGGCGGAAGCUUGAAGACGCGGCAAAGAAGCUUCCAGACCACCGGCGCUCAUUCCGAGGACCGCGCGGAGCAGCAGCGGGGACAUGAUCAGGAUCUUCCCGGACUUCAGCGUCCAGGUGACGGCCGCCGGAGGAGGAGGAGGCGGCGGCGGCGGCGGCGGCGGGGGGAUGGUGUCCUCUGCCCCGGGCUGCCGGAUGCCAGCACCGGGGGUCACCAACGGACCCCCGCAGAGCGUGCAGGGACUUCCGGGCUACCAGCAAAGUGACCCCUACUGGGAGCGAGCCGCCAACGCAGGAAGUUGCCCCGCCGCCGCCCGCCCCAAGACGCUGCACCUGGCCGGCCAGCAGCACACCUCGUCGCCAUGGCUGCAGGCGCUGAGGAAGGAGAAGUCGCGGGACGCGGCGAGGUCGCGGCGGGGGAAGGAGAACUUUGAGUUCUACGAGCUGGCCAAGAUGCUGCCGCUGCCGGGCGCCAUCACCAGCCAGCUGGACAAGGCGUCCAUCAUCCGCCUCACCAUCAGCUACCUGAAGAUGCGCGACUUCGCCAACCAGGGGGACCCGCCCUGGAACCUGCGCAUGGAGGCCCCGCCCCCCAACACCUCCGUCAAAGUCUUCUUCUGUCCUGUCUUGUGUUUUCUCUCUCCUUUUGUGUGUGCACGUUUGUGUGUGUAUUUUUGUGUGUUUGUGUGUGUGUGCGCGUGUGUGUGUGUAGCUAUCGGCAACCAGCGGAGGCGGAGUCCCAGCAUCGUCGCCUCGGAGAUCUUUGAGCCUCACCUGGGCAGCCACAUCUUGCAGUCCCUGGACGGUUUUGUAUUUGCACUAAACAAGGAAGGUCGCUUCCUGUACAUCUCGGAGACCGUCUCCAUCUACCUUGGUCUGUCCCAGGUGGAGCUGACGGGCAGCAGCGUCUUCGACUACGUCCAUCCCGGCGACCACGUGGAGAUGGCAGAAGAGCUGGGGAUGAAGCUCCCCCCCGGGCGGGGUGUCUCUCUGUCCCAGAGCGGCCUCAAUGACGACGCCGCAUCCUCGGCAUCGUCCUCCUCGCCCUCCCAGACGCCCGAGCCAGCGGAGUCGAGCAGCCCCAGCGUGUUGUCCCCCGACAACUGUCUGGAGCGCUCCUUCUUCAUCCGCAUGAAGUCUACGCUCACCAAGCGAGGCGUGCACAUCAAGUCUUCAGGAUACAAGGUGAUCCACGUGACGGGGCGCCUGCGCAUCCGCAUGGCGUUGACGCACAGCCGGGCGGUGCCGGUGCAGAUCAUGGGCAUGGUGGUGGUGGCGCACGCCCUGCCCCCGCCCACCCUCAACGAGGUGCGCAUCGACUGCCAGAUGUUCGUCACCCGCGUCGACAUGGACCUCAAGAUCGUCUACUGCGAGAACAGGAUCAGUGACUACAUGGACCUGACAUCCGUGGACGUAGUAGGCAAACGUUGUUAUCAGUUGGUUCAUGCUGAAGACGUGGAAGGCAUCAGACUUUCUCAUGUGGACCUGAUAACCAAGGGUCAGUGCGUGACCAAGUACUACCGUUGGAUCCAGAGGAACGCCGGCUACAUCUGGAUCCAGUCCAGCGCCACCAUCGCCAUCAACGCCAAGAACGCCAACGAGAAGAACGUGGUGUGGGUCAACUACGUGCUGAGUAACCACGAAGACAAGGACACGCCGCUCGACAUCAGCCAGUUGCCCAAUCUUCCGGAGAAGACCCCGGAGUCCUCGGAGUCUUCCGACUCUGACUGCGAGUACAAGGACAACUCUGACGACGAGAAGUUGGAAGGGAAGCUGGGCCAAUCGGAGCGCAGCGAGGACCCGGAGGCGGAGAGCCAGUGCCGGCAGCGGCACUCCGGCCAAUCGCAGUGCUCGCCCGAGCAGGAAGUGAAACGUCCGGAGGAGAGAGACACGUCCAGCAACCCCGGGAGUCCGGACAGCGACGACAGUCCGGAGCCUUCCGAGGCUGAGGCGGGGGAGCCGGAGGAGCAUGUAGGGGGUGGCGCCAAGCUGGCGACUCUGAGUGGUUUGGGGGGGCUUCGAAUCAAAGUGGAACAUUACGGCGAGGCGGAGGACCCUCAUCGCUCUCAGUCGUCGUCCUCGGAGGAGGAAGAGGAGAACGACCAUGAGGUGGAGGAAGACGGCGCCACGAACACCGUCCUACAGCGCAGGAAGCGGAGGAAAGUUCAGAAGUGGGACCGAACGCGGAUCAGGAAGUUGCGCCUCUCCUCGGCAACGCCCAGCCCUGUCGCCGUGGGGGAUGGCACGCCCCUGGUCAACCCCUCGCACCUGCUCUCCGCCGAGACACCGGGCGGCGGCGCCUCGGUGCUGAAGAUCAAGACGGAAAUGUCGGAGCCCAUUAACUUCGACAACGACAGCAGCAUCUGGAAUUUUCCGCCCAAUAGGGAGAUCUCCAGGAACGAAUCCCCGUACAGCAUGACCGCCAAGCCCGCCCCCUCGGGACCACACAAGACCUUCCCCUUGCCAUCAGGGGAGGCCCUCCAGGUCCCCGACGCUGUCCUGACGCCUCCGGGCGCCGAAGGCGGGGCAGGAGGAGGAGCGAGGAAGCCUCCUUACAACGGAAGCGCCGCCCCGUCCUCAGUUUCCAGCCUGGCUCCGCCCUCCAGUGCGUCCUCCGCCGACCCCCUGUCGCCGCCACUGUCGGCGUCCCCUCGGGAAAAGCAGCAAGCCACACCCACAUCCUCCUCCUCCUCCUCGUCCUCGCUGCUCUACUCAGGCGACGUGGAGGCGCUGCAGCGCUUGCAGGCGGGGAACGUGGUCCUGCCGCUGGUGCACCGCGUCGCUGCCUCGCUGGCGUCCACCGGCAGCACGCCGCCACGCGUCUACACCACCGGCACCAUCCGCUACGCGCCGGCCGACGUCACGUUGGCCAUGGCGCCGGGCAACCUCCUUCCCAACGCCUCCUUCGUGGACAGUCCGAGCUUCGGCCUGGACCCCAAGACCCCCAUGGAGAUGCUCUACCACCAUGUCCACAGGCUCAACAUGUCUGCAGCCGCCGCCGCCGCCGGUCCUUUCGCCGGCUCCCCGGGCGCCACGGGGAGCCCCGGCGCCCUGUCGGCACAGAUGCCCGCCUCCACCAACGUCUUCACCGCGGCCGAAGGACUCUUCUCCACGCUGCCGUUCCCCGUCUACAGCAACGGCAUCCACGCCGCGCAGGGUGGCGCCGAGAGGAAGGAGGACUAGCCCCAGCGCCGGGAGACCGCCUUACUGUGCUUUCGGACUCCACUGUGAGGGUCGGCGAAAUGUUCUGUAGCACUUUCAACUUUUUCUAACCUCGCCGCCGGUUUACGUGAGGAGGAUCUCGGGAAAACCCCUCACGGGAAUGUGAAACUUUGCCAUCGUCCCCACCCCGGCGUUCCACCUGGGUAGUUUACGCGGCGACACUCGUGGUGCUAACGAGCUCGCGUGACUAAUUGAAUGUCAAAAGACUCUCUCGGUCUUCUUCCUGCUUCUUGAGCCGCCACCUCGGGAGGAAGACGAUCCGCCCUCUUCCAUCGCAUCCGCCGGACCCAGAGACCCCGACCGACCGAGGCGGCCGUCCUCGUUGCCAAAAAAAAAAAAAAAAAAACGAAGGAGGAAAAAAAAAAAAGUGUGCACUGUGAAUCCACCUCAUUUGUAUUUUUUGACGAAAACAAUCAAUUUGGUGUCGCUCAUGGCCACUUCCUGUCUGUGUUUUUAUGACGUCGUUAACCGUCGCUACGUGUCCCGUGUCUUCUCUGUGCUCUGUGUGGGUGGGGGGCGGGGGCGGGGCUCCGGGCCUGGGGGGGGGGAGGGGGGCGGGACCUGUGAGACCGGAUCUCCAAACUGCACCGCCCGCCGCCGCCGCCGUCGUCGUGAAGCAGUGGAGGUUUGUCGUGCAGGAAGUACCCGAAAAAAAAAAAAAGAGAACAUUUGUGGAGUCCAACUUUCUUCUUCUUCUUCUUCUUCUUCUUCUUCUUGGGUUUCUGCUUUGCUUUUGUCGUGUUGCUGACUUCCUGCGUGUGCAUUGGGUGUACUUCCCUGGUUCCCGCCAAAAUAAAAGACAGCUUUCUACAAAAAAAAAAUGUCUAUUUUUGUAAAAGUGAGGUCAGCUUCUGUUUGAGCCUUUUCAAAAUAAAAGUCUGGACCUAAUCAACAAAUCACUCGCUCAAUUCCCAUUCUUGGGACGGAUGAUUCGAUUCACGAUUCAAAGCGAUUCUGCCAGCAUUUUACGGAGAAGAGGUUGGAAUCUUUGGGGUUCUGAAGACUGGAUCCGAUUCCGGAUCUCGGGCUAGCGAUUUUAUUUUUUGUCCGUUUUUUUUCAUUGAUUUUUGAAAUUGAUGAAUCGAUUAGGAAUUGGGGGUGAAAAAGAAUUGCGAUUCAGAUGUUACCCAAUUUUUUUGAGGGUUUGAAUCUUUGGAUGUCCAACGAUUCCAUCCGAUUCCGGUUCACUGGGUCACGAUUCGAUUCCGACUCUGAUUCUCCAUUCAAACAGAAUAUAUACAUAUAUAUAUAUAUGUCUGUGGCGGCAUGUUGAAAUGAUUUCACUGCGCUUGUUGAGAGAUGACAGGUCUGGGUGAUAUAUAAUAAACAGUUUGUCUUUCAAGCAUAGGUUGCAUCUUUUAUUACCACUGUUGUAAGGUGUGCUGGAUGCAAGAAUUUGCCAUGUUAUUGAAUAGUCAACAUUAUUGUCUUAGAGGUUCCAAAUGUGUUUGCUGAGUUCUGUAGUAUUCCGCAAAGUCUGGUUUCUAAAGGAGGCCUUGUGAUUAUUCCAUCUGGUUUUAAACGCUCCUUCGGUUAAUCCUACGUGUUAAUGUCCUUGCGUGUUACCUUUGCUUGGUAAACGACUGAUGUUGGUAAGCACCCCCCGUUGAGAGGGCAAUCAGGUUUCCUGCGGCAGUUGCAUUCUUAUUGGUUUCGGUAUUGGAGUCGUUUAGUCCUUUAGCAAUUGCUUUAUUGUGAUUUCGAAUUUCGAUUCUGACUCCGAUUCUUCAUUCAAACAGAAUAUAUAUAUAUUUUUUUUCAUUGAUUAUUGAAAUUGAUGAAUCGAUUUAGGAAUCGGGGGUGAAAAAGAAUCGCGAUUUAGAGUUGAAUCAAUUGUUUUGUGUGAAUCUUUGGGUAUCAAAGGAUUGGAUCUGAUUCAGAUUCACUGGGUCAUGAUUCGAUUCCGACUGGAUUCACUAUUCAAACUGCUUCUCGAUUCCAUUUUUGAUGAUGAACAACAUGAGUCGCGAUUGGAAAACUUUCCCACAACCAGAUCCUUCGUAAAAAUCCGGGUUUUUGAGUGGUGACUCGGAUUCGAGCGGGUAUUUCCGCCACACGCGGUCGUCCUUGGCAACCAGGAAGUACACCCACAUGUGGGCGGGGCCUUUGCGUGUUUGCUUUUGCGUGUACAAAGUCCGUCCAUCACCUGAGCGUGUCCGUGUUCUCUCCCGUGCCAUAACACUGCCGUGACCUCCUCAACAAAACGUAUCCACGCGCCAAAAGAGCAAACAUUUCUAUCGGAUGCUAACUUGAUGCUAACUUUGAGUGCCUGCCUUUUCUGUUGGAUUAGUUUUCCGUUUUUUUUUUCCGUCCCGCCCUUGACUUGGUUGAGCGUGACGAUGCUGCAAACUCGACGUGUACAAAGUCAUUUUUAUAACGGCUCUUCUUUUCUAAGUUGCCAUGGCGUCGCAACCCGACGCUAGCUAGCUGUUUUUUGUUUUGUUUGUGUAACAUCUUCCAGCUGCCAUGUUCAUAAUAAAACUAUUCUCUUCACUUUUUUA